AUGGCCUUUCAUAAACUCCUGGAUCAAGUUGGAGGGCUGGGCAGAUUCCAGAUCCUUCAGCUCAUUUUCUUAUGUAUCUCCAGCCUCAUAGUGUACAGUCAUAUUCUGUUGGAGAACUUCACUGCAGCCGUUCCUGAUCACCGCUGCUGGGUCCACAUCCUCGACAAUGACACCGUCUCUGCUAAUGGCACCGGGCUGCUCAGGCAGGAUGCCCUGCUGCGAAUCUCCAUCCCACUGGACUCGAACCUGGAGCCGGAGAAGUGUCGCCGCUUCCUCCACCCUCAGUGGCAGCUCCUUCACUUGAAUGGCACCUUCUCCAACACCAGCGAGCUGGACACGGAGCCCUGCGUGGACGGCUGGGUGUACGACCGAAGCUCCUUCUCGUCCACCAUCGUGACGGAGUGGGACCUGGUGUGUCAAUCUCAGUCACUGAAGUCAAUGGCCAAAUUCUCAUUCAUGGCUGGAAUGCUGAUGGGAAGCAUCAUAUCUGGUCAUUUAUCAGACAGGUUUGGGAGGAGGCUAAUUCUAAGAUGGUGUUUCCUCCAGCUCGCCAUUGCUGAAACCUGUCUGAUCUUUGCUCCCAAUCUCCUCAUUUACUGCUUACUACGCUUCUUGGCUGGCUUUUCUACCCCGAGCAUCCUGUCCAAUAAUUCUUUGCUUAUUAUAGAAUGGACAAUACCCCAAUUCCAAGCCAUGGGUAUGACAAUGACAAUAUGUGCUGCUUCUGUGGGACCGAUAAUUCUGGGAGGACUGGCUUUUGUCAUUCAAGACUGGCACAUCCUUCAGCUGGUGUUUUCUACACCAUUAUUUGUCCUUUUUUUUGCCUCAAGAUGGCUGGCAGAGUCUGCUCGGUGGCUGAUUAUCACCAACAAACCUGAAGAGGGCUUAAAGGAACUGAGAAGAGCUGCACGCAGGAAUGGAGUCAAGAAUGCUGGAGACACCCUAACCAUGGAGGUUUUGAGGUCCGUCAUGCAGGAGGAGCUGGAGGCAGCAAAGAGCAAACCUCCCGCAUGUGACAUGUUCCGCAUACCCAACUUGCGGAAAAGGAUCUGUCUCCUGUCCUUUGUGAGAUUUGCAAACUGUAUGUCCUUUUAUGGCCUGACUCUCCACCUCCAGCACCUGGGGACCAAUGUCUUCCUGUUCCAGAUUCUCUUUGGCAUCGUCACCCUCCCGGCCAAUUAUAUUGCACUCUUGGCACUGAAUCACCUGGGCCGUCGCAUAAGCCAGAUCCUCUUCAUGCUCCUGGUGGGAAUCUUCUUUCUGACCAUCCCAUCUGUGCCUCAAGACAUGCAGACCCUGCGUUUGGUUCUGUCAACGCUGGGAGUAGGAUUUUCUUCUGCCGCUCUCUUGUGUUCUUUCACCCACGGAAAUGAACUGAUGCCCACCGUGAUCAGGGCAACGGCCUCGGGGAUCAUCGGGAUUAUUGGUAAUACUGGAGCAGCCCUGACCCCGCUCUUGAUGAUCCUAACGGUAUAUUCUCCUCACCUGCCCUGGAUCGUCUUCGCCGUCUUCUCCAUCCUGGCCAGCCUUGUUAUCAUCCUCCUUCCUGAAACCAGGAACCGGCCUCUGCCUGACUCCCUCCAGGAUGUGGAAAAUAAGAAAAAAGGCUCAAGAAAAGCAGAGCAGGAAGAUAUUUCCAUAAAAGUGACACAGUUUUAA